GGGAUAAUUAACAUAACCUACAAAGGCGGCGUGUAGUUGUGAAAAACAAGUGCGGGUUUUUCUCGAUUUUUAGUGAUUUUCUUGAAUUUUCCCAGUGAAUAUGGGAAGUCGAGUGGAAAUUAUCCUGGUAGAUGAGAAAGAACUUCAGCGACCUUUCUGCAAACAUGGACCUACGAUUUUGUUCCGGAAGGUAGGUCAUGGUCAGAAACCAAUUGAUUUCUAUGCAUGUUCUCUCUACCGGGAUGGGAAGAAAUGCAAAAUUCACAUCCUGAAAAAAGAAUGGAAUGAUUUUAAAGACAGAGAUAUGAAAAAUCGAGAUAUUCUGUGUCAAAUUGCAAAGGAAAAGCCCCUUGCGAAAGAAUCUUCCGGAAGGAAUUUUUGCCAAAGUUGUGGGGUGUUUUUUAAAGAAAAAUCUAUGGAUAGACAUUUGAAGCAUAGGAUUAUGAAAGAUUUGGGGAAGGACAGGGUCAGGGAGAUCAAAGAAUAUCCCUCAAAAUUCCUGGAACUGAAAGAAAAUGACAAAGGGGAAGCUCAGUACAUUUUUUCCGGGAAAACACUUUUAUUCUUUAAGAAGCUCCUUGAGCAAUUGAAUUUCACCAAAAUCCUCUGUAUUGGAACCCCUACAAUCCAUUCCCUGAUUGCCAGGAAGAUUCCUACUUGCCAGAGCUUUCUUUUGGACAUUGACGAGAGGUAUGCAAAUUUCUUCAAAGAAGAAUUUGCCAAGUUCAACAUGUUCAAUUGCUACUUUUUCGAGUGUCAGGAGGCUGAAGGUCAGCUCCGGGACUUCUUAAAACUUAAAAAUGAUAGUAGAUUAGCAAUCUUCAUUGAUCCUCCUUUUGGAUGCCGUACAGAGCUUCUUGGAGAAUGUUUGAGGAAGCUCCAGGAGCUCUUCAGGGAAGUUAAUUGGGGUUUCACUCAAAUUCUCACGGUUUUCUUGAUCCUCCCUUACUUCAUGGAGACUUACGUGAAGAAUGAAUUGCCCCAGCUCGAGAUGCUGGACUACAGAGUCAAUUACGUGAACCACACAAACUUCCACGAUGACGAAGAUGGUGGAAGAUUUGGUUCUCCUGUGAGAAUCUUCACAAACGCCCUGCCUUCUCUCGUGGAAUUACCUGCCGACGAGGGUUACAGAAAGUGCAAAAUUUGCUCUCGCUGGGUGUCAGAAAACAAUUCCCACUGCCCUAUUUGCCAAAAGUGCCCCUCAAAGAACGGAGGACCCUACAAACACUGCGAAAAGUGCGGAAUCUGCGUGAAAAGCUUCUACAGGCAUUGCAAUUCUUGCAAUCGCUGUACUCAAGAAUCCAAUCACGUGUGCCAGGACUACCAGAAAAAUGCCUCCUGCUGGAUCUGUCGGCAAAAGGGUCACAUCGAAAAGUACUGCAAUUUGCGCAAGAGAAAAGCAAAGUCCACCGCAGUGCGAACCUGCGGCAUAUGCUCAAAAAAGAAUCACAGUGAGCUGCAUUGCACAAGGAGAAAGGCAAUUUUGGGGGAAGAAUCCUUCAUGGGAAGAUACUCAAUCAAUUAUUCGAGUCAAUAG